UAUGAGUCUAUGUAAAUGAAUUACGACCGUGCUUUAUCUUCCAUCUUCUUGGAAAGGACUCGGGUUAACAGUUUUUUGCUAUUUACUGAAAUUAUUGAAUAAUAGACAUUAACGGACGUUGACCAUGAGUAAUCUACAGAUGAAUGAAGGAUGGGAAAGCGAUGGAGAGUCGGAAAUAGUUAAUGCAGUUACGUAUUCAAAUCAGGGACGCUACGGAGAAAGGAAUCAUGAUAGUAGCCAGUCAUGGAAUAGGCAGAGCCAAGAUCACUAUAGCAGUAGUUUUAACUCCAGAAACAGAGGAAACCGUGAUGAAAGGAAUAAUUUUAACUCGAGAGAUCGAAGCAAUCGAGGUGAUAAUCAGCGAGAAGGAAGAGAUGAAGGAUUGUUGAUGUAUGUUGAUUCGAGUAAAAUAGGCAAAAUCAUUGGCAGAGGUGGUACUAAAAUUAGAGAACUCCAGGACCAAAGUGGUGCCAGAAUUAAUAUCGACAGGUCAUCCAACUCUAGCAGCACAGGCGUUAAUUUAAUUGGUUCAUCCGAAGCACAACAAAAAGCCCAAACCCUAAUAAAUGAAUUAUUGGAUGACAAACCGUAUCAAUCGCAGAGAGAAGAAUCAAAAGAAGUUAAAGAGAAAGAAACUCAAGAUAUUGAUUUCAGUAAUUUUGAUUGGCAAAAAGCUAGUGGACAAUAUGAGACGUAUAUGCAAGAAAAAUGGUCCAAGCAUCCUCCAAUUAUCAAAAAUUUUUACAAUGAACAUCCUGACGUAACAAACAUGACCGAAGAACAUGUCGCAAAAAUCAGAAAGAUGAACAACUCUAUCGAAGUCCACCACGUGUUUGAAAGUGAAACUGAACUUAAAAUUCCAAAUCCAAUUGAAACAUUUGAACAAGCUUUUCAUGAUUAUCCAGAAAUUCUAUCCGAAAUACAGAAACAGGGCUUUGAGAAGCCUAGUCCGAUACAAAGCCAGGCCUGGCCUAUUCUUCUAAGUGGAAAAGAUCUUAUUGGAGUUGCUCAAACUGGAACUGGGAAAACACUGGCAUUUCUAUUGCCAGCUUUAAUUCAUAUCGAUGGACAAACGACCCCACGCUCAGAUAGAAAAGGCCCGAAUGUUCUGGUAAUGGCUCCCACUAGAGAAUUAGCUCUUCAAAUUGAAAAAGAAGUCUCGAAAUAUUCCUAUCGGGGAAUUAAGGCAGUUUGCCUCUAUGGAGGAGGCAGCCGCAAGGACCAAAUUGACGUUGUUGGAAAGGGUGUGCAAAUUGUAAUUGCGACCCCUGGCAGAUUAAAUGAUCUUGUACAAACCGACGUUCUAGAUGUUACUUCAGUUACUUACUUAGUACUAGACGAAGCCGACCGAAUGUUGGACAUGGGUUUUGAACCACAAAUUCGAAAAACAUUGCUCGAUGUAAGACCGGAUCGACAGACUGUCAUGACAAGUGCGACAUGGCCACAGGGUGUUAGAAGAUUGGCUCAAUCUUACAUGAAAGAUCCCCUGCAAGUAUUUGUUGGCUCUUUAGAUUUAGCAGCUGUUCACUCGGUCACUCAAAAGGUAUAUAUCAUCGAUGAAGAGGAAAAAACGAAUAUGUUGCACGAUUUCUUCAGGCGAAUGGAACCCGACGAAAAAGUGAUAGUCUUCUUUGGCAAAAAGGCCAGAGUAGAUGAUUUAUCCAGCGAACUGGCCCUGACUGGGGUUAAUUGUCAGAGUAUACACGGAGGUCGAGAUCAAUCAGACAGAGAACAGGCUUUAGAAGAUAUUAAAAGUGGAUGCGUGCGAAUACUUUUAGCAACCGAUGUUGCUAGUCGUGGUAUAGAUAUCGAAGACAUAACACACGUAUUGAACUAUGACUUCCCGCGUGAUAUAGAAGAGUAUGUCCAUCGUGUCGGCAGAACUGGUCGAGCUGGCCGAACCGGAGAGAGUAUUAGUUUCAUGACUAGAAAAGAUUGGUCUCAUGCUAAAGAGCUUAUCUCUAUACUGGAAGAAGCGAGUCAGGAAGUACCCCAGGAGUUAUACCGAAUGGCUGACCGAUACGAGGGAUGGAAAGAAAGGCGUGCCCAGGAAAAGGACCGUGAACGCAUGGAUAGUCGAGGUGGUGGAGGCGGCGGAGGAUACGGAGGCGGUGGAGGCGGUGGAGGAUACGGAGGCGGUGGAGGUGGUGGAGGAUACGGAGGCGGCGGAGGCGGAGGCCGCAGAGGCGGCAGAAGGGGCAGUAGAUGGGGCGGAGGUGGAUGGUAGUUCGAUCUUCAGUUUCGUUUCAAUGGGCGCAGAAAAAAUAGAUUCUUACCGAGAUUUACAAACAUUAAUAUAGAUUAACUUAGUGUAUACCAUUUUUUGCAAGACUCAUGUUGGCACAAGUGAUAUAUUGUUUUGUUUAUUCUUUGAGAGAGGAUUCAUGCCAGUGCACUGUUUAUUAUAAUAUUCUUCGACUAGAUAUACCGAUUCAAUCAUUUCUAUUGCGGUUAAUUCUUACGGAUUUAGGAUACAUCGAUUUCGUAUUUUUUAGAACCUUCAUUCCGAAGAAGUAUAAGUUUAGGCGAGGGUAAAUCCAAAGAAUCUAGAAUCGGACUGAUUUUUCAGUAGAUUUUCUUGUGUUAAACUCGAGACUAUCUAUUGAUAUUGAUGGUCGCUAUCGAACGUAUCAGUAUUAAUACAGAUAUGUCAAUGACAAUAUUAUUUUAUUAGUGACCGAGAUAUAGUUGCAACGAUCUUGAUUUUUUUUUUUCCCGUCAUAUUUUAAAACUUACGUCGGUACUGCGUCCAUCCUAUUAUUUAAUUGACCAGUGCGACUGAAAACACUGGAUGUAAAGGAAAAAUGCAUUAUUACGAAAAAAAUGAUUCGAUUGAAUAAGUACUCAUUAUUGCGAAGUUACUCUGCGUCUCAUUCCAUCUCACUCCUUCGAUACGUACGUCUUCUGAAGUAUGUAAAAAUUAUGAAACUCUUUUAUUUUACAGAGGUGUCGUUACGUACGUACAUAUAUUGGAAAAUAAAACUUUCAGUGUUAUUUAUUUAGCUUACGGGAGACCCUGUCAAAUAUGCGGAUAGUUUUUUAGAGACGUUUUAGAACAUUAAGAGUUUUUGUACUACCAACGGUGUAUUUAUCCAUGGGAUCGAGAACUGUCAAAAAUAAAUACCAUUUACGAUUCGUCAA